AUGACAAAUACCUCAAAUAGUACCUAUGUUAAGCAAGCCUCGUACGGUAAGACGAUGGUCAAAUUUAUGAAGAAGGAUGUUUGUCCAGAAACAAAGAUUCACACCGUCUACGAGAUGGAUAUUCAAAGUAUGCUGAGUGGUGAACUCGAUGAAUCCUAUACCAAAGCCGAUAAUACUAUUGUCGUUCCCACGGACACUCAAAAGAAUACCAUUUAUGUCUUUGCCAAAAACAACGAUGUCAGCGUGCUCGAAGUUUUUGCCGCAAAACUCGCAAAGCACUUUGUUGACCGCUACCAACAUAUCCAUGGUGCUGCAGUAGACAUCACUCUCACUCCAUGGGCCCGCAUGAACGUUCAAGGAAAACCUCACAACCAUUCCUUCAUUCGUGACCCCAGCGAAACCCGCAAGACCCAUGUGGCUUUCACUGAGGGCAAGGGAUUCGAUGUUGUCAGCUCCUUGAAGGAUGUCUUGGUUCUCAAGAGUACUGGCAGUGCCUUCAACAAAUUUCACAAGUGCGAAUUCACUACCUUGCCUGAAGUCGACGACCGUAUCUUUUCUACCAGCAUCGAUUGCAACUACACCUUUAAUCAAUUUUCUACUAUUGAUGAACUUUCUUCUUACGACUUUAACUAUACUUAUACCAGCGCAAAGGAAAUCACCCUUGAUACUUUUGCCUUGGACGAUAGUGCUAGCGUUCAAGCUACCAUGUACAAGAUGGCUGACCAAAUUAUCAAUAAGUUCCCUGCUGUUGCCGAGGUAUUCUAUGGUCUUCCCAACAAGCACUACUUUGAAAUCAAUCUCACUCCUUUCGACAUUGAUAACCACGGAGACAAGUGCUCUUUAUACCAACCUCAGGCUUAUCCUUCUGGCUACAUCACUUGCACCGUUGCCAGAAAGUAA